CAGGUUAUGAUGGCAUUAGGCAGUCACCUGAGCACUGUCGAGGCGGAGAAACAGAAGCUCAAGGCUCAAGUACGCCGACUGUGCCAGGAGAAUGCCUGGCUACGGGAGGAACUCUCGGUAACUCAACAGAAAUUCCAAGAAAGCGAACAGAAAGUCGCUCAGUUAGAGGAAGAGAAACAACAUUUGGAAUUCAUGCAGUCUAUGAGAAAAUAUGAUGAUGUAAGUGCUUAUUGUCAGAUAGUUACAGUCGGAAAGCGGUAUCAAUUUCCUAUGCGUAAUACAAAAUGACUGAAAAACGGCAAACUUCCCAGUGCUAUAUUAUCCACAUUUUACAACAUUUCGCAAAGAAACUUUGGAAUAUUACUAAUUUUGUGAUGCUCUUUCAAGCUGUGAUGAAAUGUUUGUCUAGACUUGUCUAGAUCAAAAUUUUGUUCAUCAGGGAAUAGGUCCAUUGGCACUACCUAUACUGCUACAGAUUAUACUCACUGUUUAAAUUAUGGCUUUUUUAUAAAUAAAUAAUGGCUUUUUUAAUUUCUUUUUUAUGUACAUCAAAUCAGGACAAACAAAUUCAGGUACAGUAUGUAUGAGUAUGACUACUGUAAAUUUUAAAUACAUUUUAUUAUUUUAUUGUACCUAUACAUAAUGAGAGGCAAGAUUAAUGAAUGUUUUUUUUUUUAACAGGAUGAAGGUAUUGAAAAUGAUUGCAGCAGUGCAGAACUUUCUCAAGAUGAAGAGUCAGAAGGAGGUGUUGAUGGUAAGACCUAAGUAAUAGAAUAACUUUAUUUAUUUUGGAUAGUUUUAUCAAUUCUAAACUGUUCUCCUAAGAGGCCAUUUGUGUUUCAGAUGAAACGCUCAGUCAGGUUUCAGCGACAUCAACAGGGACAAGCGCUGGAGUUUACGAAAUCCCGGCAAGGUUACGAACACUUCAUAACUUGGUCAUACAGUACGCUUCACAGGUUUGUAGCAGCUUUCUUUUGAGAAUGAAUUUAUACCUUGACGUGAACAGGGCUUGAAAUAACAUUCUCAAAGUUUCCGAUCAUGGUGAAAACUUAAGUGAAAACCUUGCUUUUCCGUCGAUCAUAACAAUUUCUUGCCGAUCAUUGAUCGAUGAUCAGCUGUUAUUUUAAGCCCUGUAUGAAGAUUGUUAACACCAUAUCAAACGUUAUUAAAAUAUUGUAUUAGCAUGUAUAUAUUAAGAAGCUUUAAUUUGUUGUUUGUUUAGGGUCGAUAUGAGGUUGCUGUACCACUUUGUAAACAAGCUUUGGAAGAUUUAGAGAAAACAUCAGGUCACGAUCACCCAGAUGUUGCCACAAUGCUGAAUAUCUUGGCUUUAGUUUACAGGUACGAUUGUUUUAUCAAAACGUUCACCAUAAAUAGUCCUAGGGAACCAUCACUGCUUGUAAGCCAUCACAUAAGAGAUUGAGAGAUUGACUUGAAACAAGUCUAUAUCUUGGGCUAAACAGUAAAGCCUCGUGGCCAAACGAAAAUGAGAGUUGUUAAGAGUUGGUCGUCACACAUUGUUAGUAUUUACGGGGACAUUUCAAACUCUAUAUGAACAAAAUAAAAGUUUGAUGAGUGUUCCAACUAUGUUUUAACUUCAAUAGAAUACAUGAUAUAGUGUUGGGAAAGCAUUAAGAACAGCUAACCAAGCUCACGUGACUACCAACUCUCAUGCACUUUCAAUCCAGGCUUAAGAUUCUACAAACUUACAAAAAUUGGUUCAGUAGAGCUUUUCAAUGGCUGGAAUGGUAUGUGGUGUGUGGUUCAAAAUAUAAAAAUAAUCCUGUACAACUAAGUUGUACAAAAUAUUGUGUCUGUUUGUGGUGUGUCAUAAUUUAUGCGUAAGCUCUUUCCAAUAAACUUUUUGUCGCAUGGUAAGUAUCGACAGACUUCGCCUAGAAGUUACUGUGGAGUAUUUUAUUGUCCAUCAUGGUACGCUGUGAUAAUAUAUAGGACAUAACUAAACAUCGUUGUUUUUUAAAUUAGCACGGUAAAAUGUACAAUUUAAUUUAUAGAUAUAUUCUUAGAUCGUUUAUUAGGUAUUAUGUAACAACCAGAUUUUGGGCAUCUCUCACUGAUAGAAGUAAUUUUUGAAGAGUUUUGCUGAUGGAAGUAUUUGAGUGUGAAUUUUUUACCUUUAUUGGACCUAGAGGUCGCGGAAAGAAUGAAGCAUUUCAAAAGUGUAGGGGCAUUGGCCUAAAGGGACACUUUUGUAUGUAUAUGACCAAAAUCAAACGAUUUUAUGUCGUUCACAGGCCGAACGGAAAUUUUUGAAAAUAUGAAGUCUCUAUAUAAAUGUCAGAAAUGGCUUUUACAGAGUUUUUGCUACUGCAAAAAGGGCACUUUCUUUCCAGCAAAAGAGGGCGUUCAUUCAAGAAGUACUUUUUUCGUUCUUUAAAUGGGGCACUUUAGCCCAGAGAAAAGGCACUUUUUUCACUUUUGAAAAAAGUGGGGGGCACAUGCCCCCGUUGCCCCCCGGUCCCGCGGCCCUUGAUUAGACUUAACCAGGCGUAGUUGUGAAAAAUGCAACUACAGUAUACGUCCUCUGGCAGGAAUCGAAAGACGCUGUCACACUAUUGCGUAUCGUACUAGCGUAUGCCAGCGUAUGAAAAAUAUUACUCAUACGCCGGUAUACGCUGACCUACGCUAGGGGUACGUUAGGCAUAGGUUGUAUACGUUUCAAGAACGGUCGCAUACGCUGGCAUACGGCGAGACAGAAAAUAUUUUUAAGCAUGUUCAAAAAAUUUGUGCGUAUCGGACGUAUGCUUUAUACGAUAAGCAUACUCUAGGCACACGCUGAAUACGCUAGAGGUACGCCAGAUGUACGGUACUCAUACGCUGGCAUUUCAAAGGAUUUUUGUGCGUAUGAGAAUUAUUUCAUUAAUUUUCAUACGCUUCUCAUACGUUUCUCUCAUACGCAAUAGUGUGACAGAGCCUGAACAUGCAGAUUCCGGUGCAGCGCUCUGACCAACUCAGCUACAGAGACCAGACUUGCCACAAGUCGACCUCGAACGAAACGCGACAGACCAGUUGUCGAGUUCCAAACGCAAGUUCAAAAUCGCAGGGCCGCAGAUUCGAUUCCUAUUAGAGGGCCUAUAUAGUUGUAUUUUUCGCACUGUUCCUGGUUAGGUUUUAACAAAUGUAUAAAAUUCAAACUCAAAAUUUCCAUCUAUAAAAGCCUUCUACAAUAAUGUAACCUCACAGGACAAUACACUCUUUCGAUAAUUACGUCACAACUACACUGUUUUCAACUUAGGACCACCUUAAAUGGAAAAGAUUUCAAGUUUUUUUCUCAUGGGUUAUGCGCAGAGAAGCGGAACAUCCUUCGUCAACACAUGCGCGAAAAAAUGUUGAAUUUUGAUCAAUGAAUAUGGAAAUAAGCAUUAACACGAAAACGAGGCUCCGGGUCAUGAGCGCUUCUCUAUACAUAGCCCAUGGGAAAAAAACUUGAAAUCCUUUCCAUUUAAGGUGGUCCUAAGUUGAAAACGGUGUAGUUGUGACGUAAUUAUCGAAAGAGUGUAUGACAACAUACAAUACUGUACGUGGCUAUGACUUAGUGAAGAAUCAUACGAGAAAGAAAACGUGUCGUGUCGCCUUACUUCUCAAGCUCUAAUUAAUAGUAAAAGAAAAUAAAACUACUUUAAUAUUUCUCCAUCGCCGUCCUUUUUUCAAAGAAAGUAAAAUAGUUUAUUUCUAAAUUUUUAAAUUGAUGAUGCUCUAAAAGUAGCGUAAAUGUUUCUAUACAACUUUAAAAUCUUAGUGAAUAAAAAAAUGCAUUCACCAAAUAGUUAAAACAAAAUAAAGUAAAAUCUUUGUCCAAUUUAUAAAUAAUUUAACAGUGAUACUUUGAGACCUAAACUAAAACGCUAUUCGUUCGUUUCUUUAAUUGAGCAAUUAGAAUCAGCGUAAUUGCAUUACUAUUAAUUAGUCUGAAAGUCUCGGCUGACACGUUUCUCUUUUCUUCGUAUAGAUUCAAUAUAGUCCACAAGACUGUUAAGCUCCCUAGAUAUAUAAUCCAAGAUAUUCUACAAUUUAUCAUGUCGCCCGUACGGACCAAGAUUGAUCACCAGGCCAUUACAACGUGCUCGGUCGAAAGUGAACCCGCGGGCUUUGUGGUCAGUUCGGAACUACCGCUGGACGAGAUGGAAGUUGAACUGAGCCGGCUGUGUGAGUCACGUGCUGACCUUCAUGAUGAGUCGAUUGAAAAAUGUUUGUUUGAUCAUUUGCACGGUGGUAUACUACUAUCGAGUAGGUAGAACCUGCUCUACGCAUGAUCGGAAUUUCAAGAUUAUCUUUUCAUAUGCUCAUGUCAAAAUGCCAAUUGUAAACAUGUUACCAAUUGGGAAAUGUUUGAUCAUUUAAAGAGUGGUAGAUAACCUUCUUUUGGUAGAAGCUUGGUUUUCACAAGGUGUGCACUUGGUUUUCACAAGAUGUGCACUUGGUUUUCACAAGGUGUGCACAAAUCGAAUCGGUGUGCACAAUUAUUACGAAAUUGCGUGUCUGAACGAUUAAGACGAUAGUCUUAUGAUGGAAGUCUGGUUUAUUUGAAAUGCCCAGCAGUAAUAUAAAUCGUGUUAUCUUGUCGUUUUGUGUCUCCAGAGGUUUUCUAGUGCUGGAUAUAUUAGUCUUAAUCUCACCUACAUAUACAUGUCGAUACAUGAUGCUGUAAUAUUGCGUGUUAUUGUGUUGCCAAGAGCGAGCUUAGACAAGUGACGUUUGUCAACAAUGACGUCAGAUUGUCGAGGGGGGACUGGACUAAAAACUGUGUUUGUAUCAGUUUGUGGUAAUCUUCAACACAUGUAACAAAACAUAAGAUUUUAGUUUAAGUUUUUUGCUUGCUUACACGAGCGCCAUGAUGCAAAAUACCGUCAAAAUUAGUCGUACCAAUUUUCAGGUGACGUUCGUGUUGAGAAAAGCGUCGUUUGCUUAAGCUUUCUAUUUAACAAUUAGUCGCCGAAGGCGAGGUGAUUACAAGCCUAUAUUCACUGAGCCGAAGGCGAAGUGAAUAUAGGCUUGUAAUCACCGAGCCUGAGGCGACUAAUUGUUUUAGUAUAAAUUUCCAGGUGUUUACAAACAAUAAUCCACACAACUUUAUAAAAAUUCACUUCAAAUAAAUUUAUUUUCACUAUAAAUAGUUUGUUUACAAAAUUUAAAUCUCAGACACGGCUCUGUUUCGCGUUGCGGCUAUUGACUAAGCCAGUUUUUUUCCAAAUAAAAGCACAUGAAGUUUAAUAUUUUACCUUGAAAUAUUUUUAAACCAUAUUUUGUAGCUUGUUUUUAUUUUUUUCGGAAUGCUAUCUUUAAUUUUGGCAGUUUCCUCCUCUGUUACUACGGCAAAACGAGCAGCCAUUUUGAAAAAAAAGCUAUAGUCACUGACCAGUGACUAUCACUUCAGAGACAGAGAAGUGUCUAUAUCGUGUGUGUUUUGUGUUAUGAGUUUCUUUGGGUGCAACGCAUGCAGCUGCUUGCAACAGUGAUUGACCCUAUUGAGUAUUUGUUUCUGCGUUCAGAAUAUUGAGAUCGCUUCUUGAUUCAGAAAACCUUUGUCUCAUUUGAUGAGGUUUAUUUAAGCCUAGUUUCCAUUUGGUCGUUGGUUGUCUAUAUAAUGAAAUAGUCUAAUAUAAUAACAGUCUUUUUGUGUGAUAUGCAAAUCAGUCUUAAUGAUUGCAGAGUUUUAUAAAGUCUUGUUGACACUCUAUUACAUCAGCCACUUGUCGUGCAAGCGACAACUAACGACCAAAUGGAAACUAGGCUUUAACAGCUGCGAGAUGCCCGUUUCCGGAGUGUAGUUAGUCGUGGUAUUAAGGGGUGAUAAAUUAUUAUAAUGAUUGAUUUGGGAACCACAGAUUUUCAAUUUUAGACAAAAAAUUAUUAAAGCUAUAUUUAAAAGGAUAAUUUAACAGUAUUAUAUAUAAAACUUAAUUUGAAUAUUGUAUUACACACGUAAAAACACACAAGUUGUAACAAACCUGCAGCAGACUUGUAGCAAUGCUGUUCCAACAACUUGUCAACAGGAUGUGUUCGCACUGCUUGUUCCCAGCUUGUUGACAACUUGCUACAACGUUGUUGGCGGUUGUUGAGCUCAACAGACUUGUUACAAGUUGUUCCAACAAUUUGUUAUCGUCCUGCAAUUCACACAAUUUGUCAAGAAGUUGUGAGUGACAAACUUGUAGCAACUUGAUAAAAUAACAGCAUUGUUACAACUUGUUGACAAGCUUGCUACAAGCCUGUUGCGAACACAUCUUGUUGACAAGUUGUGACAUUUUUACGUGUGUAACAGUGUAAGAUGUAGGGUAAUCAUAUCUCUUCUGCUUGUGCAGCACGUUCGCAUUAUAUAAUGAGACAACUCUUUACAUCUGCGUUAUAGAGGAAUAAGAAUGUAGAUCUAGUCUUAGUUUAUUGUAGAUUGAAAGUUUCUUUAGGUUUUAGACUGUACUAUAGAACAAAAAUAUUUUUAUAAGAUAUAUAAGACUUUUAAUGUGUACAGUUUUAUUAUAUAAGUUUAUUAAAUAUUAUAUAUAAGUAUUAUUAUUAAAGUUUUAUUAUGUGGUUUGUAUGUUGUUUAAUAUGUGUUAAUAAAUAUUUUUAUUUUAAAUGUAAACUUAUACAUCUUAGACCUAACCAUACAGGAGGGCCUAUUGUUGCAUUUUUAACAACUGCUUUGGUUAGAUCAAGUCGUAUGCAAUAGAUUUCUCUUUUUUUACAUGCCAUUGGCUUAUCCAAAAUGAUCAGUUUUGAAAGGGGAAACAUAUUAGUUUUGAAAAUGAUUUGGGCUACUACCGUGUCGCAGAUUUAAGCGUGCCUGUGUGAUUUUCAAGAAGAGUCAUUUGCAUAUUUGUGUAAUUGUUUUUUGACAAUGCGAUAUAAAUCACUUGCAAAAAUCUUCACUAAUGUUUCAGUUAGACAUGUGUACCACAGACAUAUAUCAUCCUUUCAUGCUCCCAGAUCCAAUUAGGAAGGUUACUUUAUCUCAACACCAGGCGCCCAAUCGUGAAAUCGUUGCGCGGUUUCUGAUAAGACGGUCUGAAUUUGCUUUCUUUCAGAGACCAGAACAAGUAUAAAGAAGCUGCUAACUUGCUUCACGAUGCAUUAACGAUCAGAGAGAAAACGCUGGGAGAAGAUCAUCCUGCUGUACGUGUUGUAUUGCUAAACUUAAUAUUAACUUAAAAAAGUAACAGUGGUUUCAUUUCUGUGACUGAGGUUCCAUUCCUGCAGUAUGCUCUUGUCUGGUUAUAAUUCCACCUCAGCCGCAUAAAAAGAGUGCUUCCAGUUUGACUCUACCAAACACCGUCGGUUUUCGUCAAGUAUUUUAGUUUACCAUUGUAGUAAAACUGGAGCAAUAAGAGAUGUCCCAUAAUAGACCUCGAAGAAGAAAGGGAUAAAGUUAGUUUAGGUUUCCUUCUGUAGUAACACUGGAUCAAUAAGAGAUGAUCCUUACUGGAUGUCUGGGAAGAACAAACAAAUUAGAACUGAUAGAGCUAUCCAGCGUAAAUUAACUAAGUUCUAGUUUAUUCCAUGUUUCCUCCUGUAGUAAUACUGGACCAAUAAAAGAUGAUCCUUACUAGACCUCCAGGAAGAACAGCUUAGAACUGAUAGAGCUAUCCAGUAUAAAUAAAGUUAGUUUAGGUUUCCUCCUGUAGUAACACUGGAUAAGAGAUGACUCUUACUGGACUUCUGGGGAGAACAAUUUAGAACUGAUAGAACUAUUCAGUAUAAAUAAAGUUAGUUUAGUUUAGGUUUCCUCCUGUAGUAACACUGGAUCAAUAAGAGAUGAUCCUUACUGGACCUCUAGGAAGAACAAUUUAGAACUGAUAGAACUAUUCAGUAUAAAUAAAGUUAGUUUAGUUUAGGUUUCCUCCUGUAGUAACACUGGAUCAAUAAGAGAUGAUCCUUACUGGACCUCUAGGAAGAACAGUUUAGAACUGAUAGAGCUAUCCAGUAUAAAUAAAGUUAGCUUAGUUUAGGUUUCCUCCUGUAGUAACACUGGAUGAGAGAUGACUUUUACUGGACUUCUAGGGAGAACAAUUUAGAACUGAUAGAACUAUUCAGUAUAAAUAAAGUUAGUUUAGUUUAGGUUUCCUCCUGUAGUAACACUGGAUGAGAGAUGACUUUUACUGGACUUCUGGGAAGAACAGUUUAGAACUGAUAGAACUAUUCAGUAUAAAUAAAGUUAGUUUAGUUUAGGUUUCCUCCUGUAGUAACACUGGAUGAGAGAUGAUUCUUACUGGAUCUCUAGGAAGAACAGUUCAGAACUGAUAGAGCUAUCCAGUAUAAAUAAAGUUAGUUUAGUUUAGGUUUCCUCCUUCCUUCAGUAACACUGGAUCGAUUAGCGAUGAUCCUUACUGGACCUCUACUUAUAAGUGAUAAUACUAUCCAGUAUAAAUAACGUUACCGUCAGUUUAGUAAACUUUCUUUUAAAGGGUGUGGUCACUCCCUUUCUGAAUUCUAUCUUAAUCCACGUAGGUUGCUGCAACAUUAAACAACCUGGCAGUGUUGUAUGGCAAGAGAGGAAAAUACAAGGAUGCAGAACCUUUGUGCAAGCGAGCUCUGGAAAUACGAGAGAAGGUUUGUCUCGGGGACCACAAAAAUUUUAUUGAGGUAAUUUGAUUAAACAAUAAAAACUGGUACAUGAAAUAUGUUUUCCAUUUGUAGGUUCUAGGCAAUGAUCAUCCCGAUGUGGCGAAACAGUUGAACAACUUGGCCUUGCUUUGUCAAAACCAAGGGAAAUAUGAAGAGGUGUGUUGAUUCAUGUUUUAUCUUUGGUGUUUGUUGGUCUAACUAUUGUAACACCAGUUGUGGAAUAGCCAGCCUCGCUUGCUUGUCUUAAACUAUUGAAUGAAGUAGUAGUAUUCGUUAUCUAGGUUGAAAAGUACUAUCAAAGAGCGUUGGAAAUUUACACGACAAAGCUUGGUCCCGAUGAUCCAAAUGUCGCUAAAACUAAGAACAAUUUGGUAAGGUUUCGUGGUAAAGUGUGAGAUUGAUAUGAAUCUCAUUAGUUUAUAUACAAAUGGUUACGUCAUUAAUAGUGGUUAAUAUUAAUUGGAUCACAUCACAUGUUUUCUAGUGUGACUAUCACGUGUAAGAAAUGUAAUGUCGUGUAGCAACAUUUUUUUUCAUUGUUCAGGCAUCAGCUUAUCUCAAGCAGGGAAAAUACAAAGCUGCAGAAACAUUGUAUAAACAGGUAUGACCUCCUACUAUCAUACCUCUAUAUUAUGUUACACACGCAAAAAUCUCACAUCUUGUUGCAAGUCUGGCAACAAGCCAUCAACAAGUUGUGUUCGCACUGCUUGUCCCAAGUUGUCAACAAAUUUGGAACAAACUGUUAUCAACUUGUAACAAGCUUGAUAAUAUUAUCAGACUUGUUGCAAGGUUGUUCCACAAGUCCGAUACAGUCAUGAUAUAACAAUAUUGUUACAACUUUGUGUCGUCAACCUUGUAACAUUCUUCUUAUAUCGUGACUGUAUCAGACUUGUUAGAACAACCUUGUAACAAGUCUGACAAUGCCAUCAAGCUUGUUACAAGUUGCUAACAACUUGUUUCAAACUUGUUACAACAACUGGGAACAAGCAGUGCGAACACAACUUGUCGACAGCUUGUGAACAGAUUUGUAACAACUUGUUUGCAGAACUGUAACAACUUGUGCGUUUUUACUUGUCAACAAUUUCUCUCGUCUUAGGUCUUAACUCGUGCGCAUGAGCGUGAAUUCGGGACUGAGACGGAUGGCAAGUAUGACGAGCGUGGUCGGGGUGGGGAUAACGCUCCUUAUGGUGAAUACGGGGGGUGGCACAAGGCUGCCAAGGUCGACAGUCCUACAGUCACGACUACAUUACGUAACCUGGGAGCCUUAUAUCGAAGACAAGGGAAGUAUGAAGCCGCAGAAACAUUGGAGGAGUGCGCCUUAAGAUCGAAGAAAAAUGUACGUGGACACUGGAAUUAUAGUUUAGAGUUAAAGUUCGUUUAGUUUAGAUUUCCUCGUGUAGUAACACUGGAUCAAUAUGAGAUGAUCCUUACUGAACCUCUAGGAAGAACAGUUUAGAACUGAUAGAGAUAUCCAGUAUAAAUAAAGUUAUUUUAGUUUAGGUUUCCUCCUGUAGUAACACUGGAUCAAUAAGAGAUGAUCCUUACUGAACCUCUAGGAAGAACAGUUUAGAACUGAUAGAGAUAUCCAGUAUAAAUAAAGUUAGUUUAGAUGAAGUUUAGCUCUUAUUUCUUGAUGUUGAAAUUUCAUCUAUUGACAGGCACUAGAUGUGAUACGCCAAAGCAAGGUUGUCCAAAUUCUCUCCGAUGGCGGAACUUAUUCCCCUAACACACACUCCCCUCGGAGUUCGUCCCCUGUUGGCACAAGUCCCGGUCGCCUGGUGGACAAAGACGAGGCAAUGUUGCGAGAGGAAGACAAACGUGGCGCGAACAAACGCGAGAAGGCGUUCACAAGGCUUAGGAAAUCGUUAAGUAAUCGUGGACAGAGAUUGAUGGAAAAGAUGGGCGCAGGAGCCAGCGGUGAGUCUGAGCAGCAGUUGAGUCGGUCCUCGUCACGUGAUAAUCUAUCCGAGCAAGCUAAGGUUCCUGGAUCUGAGCGAAUAUCACGAAGUACAUCUCAUCUCGCAGAAAUCAGAAGCAGUCAAGUAGGGCAUGGCCCUAAUGCAUUUCAUCCAUAAAGUUUUCCGAAGCAGAAAUCAGGUUUAAAUCAGAGAUCAGUUUUCCUCUUUCAAAGAUAAAUUUCAGAUAUAAUUGCUUUAUUCCAACUCCAGACCACAGCCCUAAUACAUUCAUCCAUCCCUCACAUCAUGAGCUUUAAGAAAUUAAGAUUCGAAAUUUGAACUGGUAUAAAUGCAGACAUCCUAGAUCGAUUUUCCCUUUUGAAAGAUAAAUUUCAAAUCUAAUUACUUAUUGCCUCAAGAAACCAUUACAACAUACCAUUUAUCUGACUUUUCGAGUAUUUUACUCUGGCUUACAGCAGAUCAUUUUUCUCUUCACAAGGAAAAGCCCGGAUAGUCCAAUGUCAAUAUGUUAGAUAACUUGGGACAAGCAGUGCGAACACAACUUGUUGACAAGCCGUCAACAAGUUGUGUUCGCACUGCUUGCAUCCCACAACAAUUUUGGAACAAGCUGUCAAUAUUAAAGUUAUUGAGUUAACAUAUUAGGAUUGCAAUUCCAGUGCCAUUACUGUUUGUGGGAGAAUUGCCACAGAUUUAGGUACCUUUUAAAUUAAAAGUAAUCAUUCGUAACGAAGAUAAUAUAAGAAAAAGAGAUGUAAUUAUUAUUCACAAUGUAAUAUCGACUUGUAUCAAGCGGUCAUUAAAAUUCUUGAAAACAAAGUUUUGAAUGUUUUAAUUACACACGUAAUAUCGCACAAGUUGUUACAGGUCUGCAAACAAGUUGUUACAAAUCUGUU